AUUGGGAAUUUUUCAAAUUUGCCUGCCUCUAGUUGGUGUUCCGGUUUCGGGUUGUGCUGUUUGUUGCCUUUUCCUCCUAUUUUCACCAUCAUCAUAAAAUACAUAUACUUCACAUUAAAAAAAUCUAAAUAAUAUACACACACAUUUCAGUGAAAGUUAAAAGAAAAAAAAAAAAAAAGAAGAAAUUAACCAGGAUAAUAAAGGCAAAAAAAAGUUAAAAAAAAGAAAGUCUAUAAGUCAAAAAAAUAACGUAUUUCAAAGAAUAACGACUAAAAGGUGCUGGUGCUUCAAAAGGCCAUUCUACACCCUUUUUUCUGUUCAGCAAAGUAAAAUAAUUUUUUUUUCUCCUCUUGAAUUCGGUGUUUUAAAUCUCACACAUAUGUUGAUUAGGACCAGCAACAGUGGAUGAGAGUCCUUUGCAGCAAAUGAUUUAUAUUUUUUUGUUUAAUUUGUGGACGAAAAAUAUACCAAAAAAAUUAAAAAUAAAAUUAAGGAUAAUAUUUUUUGAGCGAUUCUCCGAAAAGCAAUGUACAUAAAACUCUAUUCGGGAAAGAAGUAGUAGUUGCGAAUACAAAAAAAAAAAAAAAAAAUCGUCGAAUUUUGAAAUUUUCCCAGGACGAGAAAGUUUCUCCUUUGCCUUUCUUUUCUGCGGUAUCUACUCUCAAAGAAAGCAGGGAAUUACGGGAACCACCAGCAAUUGAAGUUUUCCUGUCUCUCUGUCCUUUUGCUAUGUAUGAGUGUAGAUGUGUAUUAUAGUUGUGUGUAUGUAUGGCGUGCGUGCGUUUGUAAUAACUGAAAGGACCACCACCAUCAGCAGAAGCAGCAGCAGAAAAAUAUAGAAUGUUCAAAAAAAAUCCAAGUCCAAGUUUUUCAGUUCUGGGGCAAAAUUAACUAAAAAAAAAUCCUUAAAAAAUUCUUUUGAAAAGUAAAUUAGUUUAAGUGAACAUUUUUCUUUCCUUUACCGUUUGUUUUAAUUUAUUUUUCUUUUUAAUUUACAACCAUAUUUAACGGUUUUCAACUCUAAUUUAUAUUAUUGUUCCCUCAAGGACAACAAACAGUAUAACAGGUGAUUUGAUAAAAAUGGGGGUAUGGUGAACAGAAAGCUGGCAAAUUUUCUUUGCAAAAUUUUAAUGAUAAAUAAAUAAAAAUAAUAUAAUAUUAACAUUUUAACAUUUCGAAAAAUUAAUAAAAAAAAAAAAAUAAAAAUUAUAAACAUGUGAAAAUAAAUACGGUGUUUUAAUAAAAAAAAAGAAAGAAGAAAAUUAAGGAUACCAAAGAAAAGCAGAAGAAACUUGCAAAAUGAGUGUGUAUUCAUUGUAUCCGUUAUACGAGAAGAUUUUCAUAAAAGGCACAAGCUAACAAGUGUUAGAGUCUCGAGAAACGUUUUUUUUUUGCUUUAUUUAAGUUUUUUCUUUCGUCGAUGUUUUUCUUAAUUCAAAAAUCAUUCGUUGUAUUUUUAUCAAUAAUUGGAAUAAUCAUAAAAUUUUCCUGAAAUAAAUUAAACUGACGUGCGUUUUCGUUGGAAAAUUUUGAAAACAAAAAAUUUGUAAAAAAAAAUAAAAUAGAAAUGUAUAUAAUUUAAGAAAAAAUUAAUGUUGUAAAUUAAGUAAAAAAAUAAACAAAAAUAAAUAUUUUCUAUCAUAUAGAAAAAAAAGAAAUUAAAUAAAAAUCCUUGGAAAUAUGGUUUCGGGGUAACGAAUAUAAUAAAAAAAAUUUAUAAAAAUAAUUAAAAUUUAUUUCGUAGUUAGUGCAAAUCGUUUUUCAUACAUCAAAUUAAUAAAAGAAAAAAUCGUUGUGAAUAAAAUAAUAAAAAACAAAAUUAAAUUAAAAUUAAGAAACUAAUUUGGCGGCUAAUCAUUAUAACACCGCGGAUAUGGACAGAAUAUUAAUUUAAUAACAAGGAAAACUCUUUCAACAAGCCGAAUGUAUGCAGUUUUCUGACAAAAGCUCCUUAAGAUUAUUAAAAAGAUAAAACAAACAAAAAACAUGGCGUCAUUAAUUCAAAGAAGUUUUACGGAUCCCUAGAAGGAGCACAAUAUUAUUUCCCCGAGUCAAUUAUGCGAACAUCAUAAUUAAAAAAAGAAAAACAAAAGAAUAGAAACAAUUUUUCUUUACUUGAUGAGAUCUCGAUUAAAUAUUAAUGUAGACAAGAAAAAAUUUCCAACGUCACAAAAAAGCUAAAAACGCAACAAAAUACAAAAAACGCACGUGAAAUAAAACGUGCACACACAUCCAAGAUGCCUUGGUGAUACACACUCAAAUAUCGCUUCUGCGAAAAACGGAUUUAAAAAAAUCCUCGAAAAAAAAACAAAACAAAAAAACUUAGCACAAAUCCAAAAAAAAAACUUUAUAUUUUAAAGUUUUUUUUUUGAUAAAAAAAUAUUAAAAAAAAAAUAUUGUAGUUCACGUCAUAACUACUUCAACACAUACAAAUGAAAAUAUGGUGUUGCCCGACGAUGAUGACGACGUACUAUUAAAACUUUCUUCAAAUACCAAUAACAAAAGCAAGCCGAAUAGUUACGAUAUUCUGCCAAAAAGAAUAACAACAGCAACACCAUCACCCUCACUUCCUCCCAUCACUUCUUCCAAUAAUUUAGUGAAUAACUAUAAUUCAACAACAAAUAGUAGUAAAUUUAAUAAAACUGAUAAAAAUCUCAAUGACAACAGCAACAACAAGAACAACAAUAUUAACAAUAACUACAGUGACUACACGAAGCGAAGAAAAACCAACCUAUCGGCAACACUUCUCUUGGAAGCCAUUAGCGGAAGUGAUUGCAAUAAGAAAAAUUGUAGAGAUACUAGCAGAAGUAGUGAAAAUAGUAUUAAAAGUAGUAGAAGUAGCAGCAGCAAAACUAGCCAUAGUUGUUUUAGCGAAAGUAACAACAACACCAACAACAACAAUAAGCAUUUGCACAAAAAUACCACAUCAGUACUAAAAAAUAGCAAUAAAUUUAAUAGAAACCGUAAUAAUUGUAGUAGAAUUACUAGUGAAUUAGAAAACAAUCAACAACAGCAACAACAACAAAUUCAAAAUAGUGGAAGCAGUGAGAUUAGUGGGAACGACGAUAGGGAAGAAGUUAUUUCAAGAUACAACGAUAGCGACGAUAGCAGAAGAUACUAUUUUCAAAAGAAGAAAAAUAAUUCGGAACUAGAUUGUAGUGAUUAUGAUGAUGCAAAAGAUAGCGAUGAUUGGGUGAGUAGUUGUUGUUCAAACGAAAGACUGCACGAAAGUAAACGUCGAACGGGGCCGCGACGUCGAAGGAAAUUCAAAUCUAAUUCAACAUCAUCAUCAACAUCCACACAACAUCUUCAAAAAAAUUCACCACCAUCAUCAAUACUAGCAGCAGUGCCAUCUGCAACAUCUUCAUCAUCUAGAACAUCAUCAACAACAAUAGUAGCAACAUCUGUGGCAUGUGGUGUCGGUGUGACGUCAUCUGCAUCGCCUCGAAGGACAUCAUCAUGGAGCCAAUGUGUAAUAGCGGCUCCGGUUGUGUUAGCGAUAAGAGUGUUUAUCCUAGCAGCUACACGAACACUGCCGCCACUAGUACGGAUACAGCGAGGGAUUUAUGGACUUAAUAAAUACUCAUGGAUAUUUUUAUUAAUCUACUUGAAUUUAUCUGCUAAAUUUUGUAUAGCAGGAUAUCAUGAAAAGAAACUCUUACAUGAUCUACUAGAUCCAUAUAAUACCCUCGAACGACCGGUACUUAAUGAAUCGGAUCCAUUACAAUUAAGCUUUGGAUUAACACUGAUGCAGAUAAUCGAUGUUGACGAAAAAAACCAAUUGCUUGUCACGAAUGUCUGGCUUAAACUGGAAUGGAACGAUAUGAAUCUUAGAUGGAACACAUCAGACUAUGGCGGUGUAAAGGAUUUACGUAUACCACCGCAUCGGAUAUGGAAACCGGAUGUCCUGAUGUAUAAUAGUGCGGACGAGGGUUUCGAUGGGACAUAUCAAACGAAUGUUGUUGUACGCAGCAACGGAUCGUGCCUGUAUGUGCCGCCUGGCAUAUUCAAAUCGACAUGCAAAAUCGACAUAACAUGGUUUCCGUUCGAUGACCAACGAUGCGAAAUGAAAUUCGGCAGCUGGACCUAUGAUGGUUUCCAGUUGGAUUUACAAUUGCAAGAUGAAACCGGAGGAGAUAUCAGUAGUUACGUUCUCAAUGGUGAAUGGGAGCUGUUGGGUGUUCCAGGCAAACGUAACGAAAUCUACUACAAUUGCUGCCCGGAACCUUAUAUCGAUAUUACAUUCGCCAUCAUUAUUCGUCGACGAACGUUAUAUUAUUUUUUUAAUUUAAUUAUUCCGUGUGUUCUGAUUGCAUCAAUGGCCCUCUUGGGAUUCACACUGCCACCAGAUUCGGGAGAAAAAUUAUCAUUAGGUGUAACAAUUCUUCUCUCACUUACUGUCUUCCUUAAUAUGGUAGCAGAAACGAUGCCCGCGACAUCCGAUGCUGUCCCACUUUUAGGUACAUAUUUCAAUUGCAUAAUGUUUAUGGUAGCGUCAUCCGUUGUGUCAACGAUAUUAAUAUUAAAUUAUCAUCAUCGAAACGCUAAUACUCAUGAAAUGUCCGAAUGGAUACGAAUCAUAUUUUUAUGUUGGCUACCAUGGAUUCUACGAAUGAGUCGGCCCGGUAGACCAUUAAUAUUGGAAUUUCCACCAACACCGUGUUCUGAUACUUCAUCUGAAAGAAAACAUCAAAUUCUUUCCGAUGUGGAACUCAAAGAGAGAUCCUCAAAAUCGUUACUCGCAAAUGUGCUGGAUAUCGAUGAUGAUUUUCGGCACAAUUGCAGACCAAUGACUCCAGGGGGAACACUGCCACAUAAUACUGCAUUUUAUAGAACUGUAUACGGUCAAGGUGAUGACGGUAGCAUCGGACCGAUCGGCAGUACACGAAUGCCGGAUGCCGUCACACAUCACACAUGUAUAAAAUCCUCAACAGAAUAUGAACUAGGGCUGAUUCUGAAGGAGAUACGUUUCAUAACAGAUCAGCUCCGUAAAGAAGACGAGGACAAUGACAUUGCCAAUGAUUGGAAAUUCGCAGCUAUGGUCGUUGACAGACUGUGCCUUAUCAUAUUCACAAUGUUCACAAUAUUAGCCACAAUAGCUGUAUUACUUUCAGCACCACAUAUUAUUGUCUCGUAGCCAUAUGAGAGGAGUUAUUGUUAUUGGUUUUAUUAUAAAAUCAAUUUGUUAAUUAUUAAAUUAAUAUCGAAACUUUUUAAAUAAUGCAAAACAAAAAAAAAAAAAAAGAAACAAAA